UCUCUCUCUCACUAGUGUUUAUUAAAACGUUGUUAAAGUUAUUAAAAACUAAACUCUGAUUCAAAACGUAUACAAAGUUUUAACAGUUCAGUUCAUCAGGACAGUUUGUCGACUCACUUCCUGUCACGUCUGAAGCUUCGGACCUGAAACGGUUCAUUAUUUUGAGCUGAAUGCUCCUUUAACCCUCCAGAGUCACACUGAUGCUGUGACCUUUGACCAUAUUUGGAGCAGAGGGUGGAGCUGGAGAGGAAACCCUGAUUGGAUCUGACAUGUUGCCAUUGUAACAAAUAAAUCUUUGACUUCCUAACAACAUGAACGCAGACACAGCCAUCGACUCAGGAACUGUUUCUCAUAAGCUUCCAUACAGUCAGACUCCUGUUUGAAACCAGUAGAGCCGCCUGCUGGACGAUUUAAUCAUCGCACCUGCCUGACUGGAGGAUCAGACAGGUGAGGUGUGUGUCCCAGUGUUCAGCCAAUCAGAGAGCAGUGAGGGAAUGAGACAGCCGCCGCUCUGAACAUGCUUUUAUUGUGAAGGCCGGAAGCUUUGCUCCUCCAGUAGUUGCGGGUGUGAGUCCUGCGGGUGUCUCAGUCAGUCUGGGUGUGUGUGGAGGACCGGACGGACCGGAGCACGGGGCCGCUGCUCGCCGACAAACAGCCGCUGAGCGCCGGGUAGCUCCGGGGAGAGAGCCGGGGGCAGGACCGGGGGCAGGACCGGAGUCACUCCGGAUUCUGCUCUGAUCCGGAUCACCUCAGUCUGACGUUCACUUUUUUACAACUUGAGGAAUUAAAAGCAGCUGCAGGAUCGGGACCGGGUCCAGGUCCGGGUCUGGAUUUGUCUUCAUGCUGUGCUGCUGUGAUCCGGAUCAGUCCGCCGGAAGUUUCCCGUGAGCGUCCCGGGUCGGUGUCCCGGGUCAGUCGGACCAUGGUGGGAGAGAUGGAGAAGCCUCGAGCCAGUCCGGAUUAUCUGAUGCAGCUCAUGAACGACAAGAAGCUGAUGAGCGGGCUGCCGAACUUCUGCGGGAUCUUCACGCACCUGGAGAGGCUGCUGGACGAAGAGAUCAGUCGUGUGAGGAAGGACAUGUACAUCGACACUCUGAACGGAUCAGACAGGAUCAGCGAGCUGCCGGACGCCGUCGGUCCAAACGUCCAACUGCAGGAGAAACUCUACGUCCCGACCAAGGAGCAUCCAGAUUUUAACUUCGUCGGGAGGAUUCUGGGUCCUCGUGGUCUGACAGCAAAGCAGCUGGAGGCGGAGACAGGAUGUAAGAUCAUGGUGAGGGGGCGGGGCUCCAUGAGAGACAGGAAGAAGGAGGAGCAGAACCGAGGGAAGCCUAACUGGGAGCACCUGAACGAGGAUCUUCACGUCCUCAUCACGGUGGAAGAUUCUCAGAAUCGAGCUGAGAUCAAACUGAAACGAGCCGUUGAUGAAGUCAACAAGCUGCUGGUGCCCGCUGCGGAGGGCGAGGACAGUCUGAAGAAGAUGCAGCUGAUGGAGUUAGCCAUCUUGAACGGGACAUACAGAGAUGCCAACAUCAAACCCACUUCUCUCACCUUUUCUAUAACAGGCUCCUCUCAGACACCUCGUUUCCUCUCAGGCCCCGCCCCCGUCGUGGCCCCUCCCACAACUCUGCGUACACCUGCCCCAACGGGUCCCGCCCUCAUGCCUCUGAUUCGCCAGAUCCAGACGGUGCUGCCCAAUGGGACGCCUCACCCAGCGGCUCUGAUGCAGGGGGCGGGGCCUGAGGCAGGUCUGAUCUACGCGGCGCCGUACGAUUACCCGUACGCUCUUGCACCGGCCUCCAUCUUGGAGUACCCUCUGGACUCAGGUGGGGUGUUAGGUAAGCCCGCCCCCCCCUGUUCCUGCGACUGCUCCCCCACACCACAUCACCACACCCACGGACAGUGGAGCCCCGCCCCCACGCUGCUUCUCAGACACGCCUCCUAAAAGAUGGACUGACACACACACAUGCGCGCGCACACACACGCGCACACACGCGCGCGCGCACACACGCCUCAGAGACAGCUCAAACCUGCAGCGUCGCCCCCUGCUGGACAGAAUCAGAAACAGGAAGUGAUGUCAUCACAACAGGUAAACUUCAAUAACGUUUUAUUAAAACAGUAAAAGUAAAUCAGUAAAUCAUCCAAAUAAUAUAACUAGAAGUGUCCACAGGGGGCGCUGCUGCACAUUCAUGACUGUGUUCAUGCUGCCUUUACUGUCGUCCGAUUGGCUGACAAGGUUUCUAAUACUGUCAACGUGCCUCAGAGCUUCCUGUCGCCAAGGCAACUUCACGCACUGAUGUCACGUGACCUCGGCGACUCGCACUGAAAUAUGUCACGCCUGUGAAUCUGAUCUGAGUCCCAAUCGUCACGUGAUCAGACGAUAAUGUUGGUUAGAAACUGACACACUCACGUUUCAAACAACUUCCUGUUCUGUUAUUUUGACGACUUUGUGAUGUUGAUGAUAAUUAAUGGAACAGAUGCUUUGAAUGAUUUAUUCUUUUAAUGAAAAUUUAUUUACAAUCUAAAAACUAAUUUUAAUGGCUGAACUUUGUCAGUGCAUAUUUAGCCUAGCUUAGCACGAAGACUGCUAGCCUCCUUUGACGGACUAGCUUCAGUGCUAACUGCUCACUGAACAACAGACAUUGUUCUGAUGGAGUUAGCUAACAGUCUUCGUGCUCAGCUAGCUGAACGCUUCUCUCUUCUGGACACGCGAGUUAAGACUAACGAGAGAGAACAAGACGAUUUACUAAAUGAUUUAAUGUUCUAAUGUGACGUCAGCUAACAGUGUUCGUCCUGACGGAUUCUUCUUUGUACACAAACAUUUUAAGGAAUUAAUUUUGUUUCUUGUUUGAUUUGAAACCUCGGGGUCAGAGAGGUCGUGUGGCUGAAGGUUCUUUAUCCAUCUGUAGUUCAGAGAUCGUCCGACUAAACAUUUGAUGUUUGACGAGGAAACUUUUCAAAGUUUAUUGAUCUCCAGUAGUAAAGACUCUGAGUCUCCACAUACAGAAUAUAAAGCAACAGAAAUUAUUUUCUUCUUUGGUCCAGAACUCUUCAAUCAGAGUUUUGUUACUAAAACAGUCAAACUAUAAUCUUUAUUGAUCACAAAACAAAGUAAUCAAUAGGUAAUACUGACAAAUUAAUGACGUAAACCUGAUGAAAUUGCACAGAGUCCUGAUGUAAACCCGUCGCGGAGACACCUGAUUGGUCUGUCACAUUAACAAAGUCAACACUCUAAAAAACAAUUUAUUGACGUCUCAUCGGUGACGGCGGCAGGUCGGCAGGUGUCUGCGACGCGGUGCAUUCAGGUGCGACCGGUAAACCUUUGUGUUUGCUGUCGGUUAGCUGUGAUGGCGGAGGACAGGUGGACAACAGGUGUCGUCAUCAGCUCAGUGUGGCGUUCAGGGACGCUGGACAAAAUGUUGUUUUCAACAAAAGUGCUGCUGUGAAUAUUUGUGUUUUUUGAAUAUUCGUCCUCAUCCUCAGUACGGAGUCAGUGAAAGCUUUUAUAAAUAUAUUAUUAAAGUACAACUUGACACCUUUUAUCUCCAAAGUGUCAUACGAGAACUUAAUCAUACAUUUGUUUAGUGUCUUUAUUUAAAUUAAGUGUGAGAAGUUGCAUUAUUUUGUCUUCAGAGCAGAUUGUUUCAUUAUUGAUUAGACAUAUUUUUUAUUAAAAUCUUCCCUCUUGUCUCUUUUCUCUCAUUAAUCUCAAAUAGAGACAAAUAAGUUCUGCCCAUACGCUGACGAUGCUCUAUUUUAUGUUCAUGAAGCAUCUCGAUGCCACAAGUUGAUGGUUGACCUUAAAGUUUGUUUGAGUAUAAGUCAGAUAAAAUAAAUGUCUGACAUCAUGCUUCUAUAAAGAUUCAUCCAGGAAUCAAACUGUAGUCAGAAAAAAUGUUGAAGUGACAAAUAAUCGAUCGAACAAACAGCUGCGUUGAAAACGACAUUUUGUUCAGUCGAGUCAAUUUUAUUUAUUAAGAAUCGAGCUGAUGGGAACAAAGUCUGUGAUUUACUCAAGAGUUCAUCCAUUCUAUAAACAUUCUAACAUUUAUAUUAUUCUAUAUAUCUGUUUGAUUUGGCUGCUUUUCAUAAACACAAGAAACAUCUGAUAACCAGGUUUACUCCUCCUCCUCCUCCUCCUCCUCCUCCUCCUCCUCCUGCUGCUCCUCCUCCUCCUCCUGCUCCUCCUGCUGCUCCUCUUUCUCCUCCUGCUC